AUGCACCGCCUCCUUCCUCCUCGCGUCGGCCUGCUCCGACGCCUCUCCACGGCCGCCGAGGCCGCCGCCUCCCCUCCCCAUCCACCACCGCAGCCGCGGGCCGACACCCUGUAUCUACGGGUCGCUGCCGCAGUGAUCCCGCGCAUCCCGCUGACCCCCGUGCUGGAGCAAUGGGCCGUCGCCGAGGGCCGCCCCGUCGAGAAGCACGACCUCCAGGCUAUCAUCAAGAAGCUCGUCCUCCGCCGCCGCUUCUCCCACGCGCUUGAGCUGUCCCUGUGGAUGACCGACCGGCGGCACUUCCCCCUGUCGCCCGGCGACGUCGCCUACCGGCUGGAGCUGCUCACCAAGGUGCACGGCCUCCAGAGUGCCGUGGCCUACUUCGGGGGCUUGUCAGUUCAGCUCAAGAAACCUCAGUGCUACGGCUCCCUCCUGAAAUGCUAUGCGGAGGCCAAGUCCGUCGACGAGGCUGAAAAGCUCUUUGCGGAGAUGCAGAAGAUGGGGAUGAUGAGUUCAUAUCCUUACAAUGUGAUGAUGAAGCUUUACUUGGAGCUCGGGCAGGUUGAGAGGGUGCGCACCAUGUACAAGGCUAUGGAGGAGAGUGGCAUCAAGCCUGAUGUAUUCACUGUCGACACUCUGUUGAAGGUGUAUGCAGCUGCUGAAGAUCUCAAUCGGGUUGAGGAACUUCUAGAGAAGUCCGAUCCGAAGAUGCUGAGUUGGCAUUCACAUGCCAGUGUAGCCAGGCUUUUCAUGAAAGCCGGGCUCCAAGGAAGGGCCCUGCAGGCUGUUGAGGAAUCUGAAAAGCGGAUUAGUCCGAAGAAUGGCAGGGUUGCAUACGGGUUCUUGCUUUCUAUGUGUGCUGAUUUGGGAAUGAGUAGUGAGGUGGACCGCAUUUGGAAUGCCUAUAAGUCCAAAGUGCCGACAUGCAACUCGAUGUAUAUGUGCAGGAUAAGUGUGCUGCUUAAGAUGAAUGACAUCGAUGGAGCUGAGAAAGCCUUCAGAGAGUGGGAAAGUAGGCAUGUUCACCAUGAUAUCCGGUUAACUAACCUACUGCUAAAUGGCUACUGUGCAAAUGGCCUUAUGGAGAAAGCAGAAGCUCUCGUGGAUGAAGCCAUCGCCAAAGGGAGGACACCUUACGCUAAUACUUGGUAUAAACUGGCUGGUGGGUUUUUCAAGGAUGGCCAGGUGUCAAAGGCGGUGGAUAUGACAAGGAAAGCUCUUGCUUCCGCAACUUUUGGAUGGGAACCUGACCAGACAAAUGUGCUAAUGAGUCUGGAAUAUUUCACGGAGCAAAAGAAUAUUAAAGCAGCUGAGGAAAUAGCAAGCCAGCUGCGGAGUUUGGUACCUUUGACAAGGGAGGUUUACCAUGGUUUACUGAAGACAUAUGUUCAUGCAGGACAGCCAGUGUCAGAUUUACUUGAUCGCAUGAAUAAAGAUGGUUUUGAGGCUAAUGAAGAAACAGAUAGAAUCAUUGCUGGAAUAUGCCGAUGACUCUUCCAAUAUGGGAGAGAUGGCUGAUUUUAUUUUGGAUCUAGGCGGUGGCAAGUUGUGCCUGUAAUGGCCUUCAUUUUGUCAAUCCGGACCACUAGCAUCAGCAACGCCUUUUAUCUGUCACUUACCAAGCAAGCCAGGGGGAAUCAUGAUUGGGAUCACUUUGAAAAGUAGCCAAGACUGGAUGGGGAUAACAAUCAAAGUUGCUGCUGCAAUGAAGUGUGGUGAACUGUUUCAGUAUAUGGCUGGUAAUUCUUGUAUUUCAACCAUUACUUGGGCACAUGUUAAUUUCUGACUUUCGACCAAAAAUGUAGUUCCUUUCCCAUGAAAGUGAACAGUUAGAACUUAGAAGUAGUGCGCAUUUCACAUUCGCAAACCCAGUUUGAUUCCUGUAAUCUGCGGCACUUCAUGUGGGAUGACCAGAUGAGGCAGUAAUAUGCCACUCACUAGAAUUGCAUCAUGGUAUUUACUUUCAGGCCUAGCUUUUUGAGAAAAUAAUAUAAGCAUCGAAGUUAACUUAUACACGAGAACCUUAUCAGAACAUUGGAGAACAUGUGUUGUUGUUUUCCAAGAUUGCCCCCCGCCCUCCUGAUGGGGACAUGCCAGCGAAAGGAUUUUUUCCCCCUCCAAGCAACAGGGUGUGUUCAGUACUCCAGUCAGCCAUCAACCACCCAUCCAUCGUCCAUGAAGACCAUGUGAUAUGAAUACAUCCUCUAUGAAUGAGCGUGUGAUCUUCCUCUUGGGUGUACGCUGGCUGCUGUAUAUCCACGGUGAAGAUCGAAGAUUUUAAAUUUGAUAUUAAAAUGUGAGACGUGGAUUCUCAAACGCUGUAUCACAACAAAAUGCUACAAUAUUUUCAUUUUUCUUUGGUUGCGUAGGGUCAUAGUUUUGCGCAUAUAAAAUUCUCACCAGCAUCAAGGUGUAACCGGA